GGAGAUGUGGUCAUCAAACCCAAAAUGUGAUAACUUCCAUUGAUGUUCACGCAGUUGAUCCCAAGGGAAUCGCUGGGUGGCCAAGGGGUAGAAGGAAGAGCUGACGUCCUCCAGCACCAUGGAAUCUGGCAGUGCACUGUGGACAGAACCCCCACCUCCACCUGCAGAGAGUCUCAAAUCAGCAUCAUCAGCCUUGGAGCUUCUGUCGUGGCGAUGGUUGUAUGGUUUCAAGUCUCCUGGCGAUCUGGACAUCAGCAUCAAGCACAGGCCCAACACCCAGUCCCUGGAACUCAGGCACACCAGUCAGCAUGUCCUUCGGUUGCCAGCCUCAGCGGGGAGCCUUGGAGACCGAUGCAGGCCACAUGCAGGUCACAUAGGUGACACCUUCCCCCAAGAUACAGUCCAUUCUCAUUCAUUCUCACCUUGUUGGCAAGGAUGGGACAUUAGUUUGGAAAUGGAUGGCAACCUCCAUGUGAGGUCCCCGAUGAGAGAGAGAGACCUGCUCCAGACUUGUGGGGAUGCCCUGACACCCGACACGUGCCUUAUGCCACAAGAGGGUAGGACAAAGCAAUUCAUCUUAGAACUAAUAGUGGAAUUUCACAGUGAAACUGUGUACAGGAUAAAGAUAGCUCGGUUUUGUACCGACUACAGCCAUCUCAGGCUUGUGAUGAACUCAGAGAGGCCAAACUCAGAACACAGCAACAGCAGAGAAGGAGGACGGUGGUGUGACCGAGGGCCUACCAGGUGGGAAUGGGAGAGAGAGUGUGUGCCCAGGGUUGUGUGGGCGGGGCCCAAAGAGCUAUCCAGUGAUGCUUUGCGAAGGCCGAGGGAGCGGGGAACUGUCCAGUCUGUGGGUGGGCACAGGCGCCAGUGAGCGGGAAGGUUGUUAGGACGGCUGCCGGGCGGGUCACUGAGACACUUCAGUUGAGUCUGAGCAGAAGCACCUCCCGUU